AUGGCGGAGGAUUCUCUUGUAAUGGGAAGAAACGGCAUGGAGAAUACAACGGAAUCUACUGGAUGGCAGGAAAAGGGCAGGGAAGAAAAAAAUAAGAAUAAAAAAGCCAAGAAGGAGGAAAACGAAGCACCAUCCAAACUUCAACAGCAAUCUGUUGAAGGAAAAAAGGAAACAAAGAAUAAAGGAAAAAACGAAACUCAGCCGCAAGUCCCCCAAGUCGCACAAUGCGCGAAAGGAGGGGCACAAGUGGUUGCACAAUGGCUUCAACGUGCUUUGGACAUGGGAGUGGAUGCACUGCGAGCGGAAUACCGCAGCCUAGCGAAAUACACACUUCCGGAGAUGACUGUCGACGCUUGCAAAGCAAACCAGGAGGCCGGUAGGAAUAGGUGGGAUGUAAAUCCUCCAUGUGAACAAGACAUGCUACCAUCUACGCGUAAACAUAAAUCACAACUAAGCGCAAGUCUAAAUACGUAG